GAAAGAAUCCCAGCUCUCGACGGCAGGAGUGUGGGAGCGACUGACACGCAAAUCCGCUGACCCCGCCCGGGCCUGCCCUGCCCAAUCGGAGCCCUUUUAAGGGUUGGGACCCUCUGCGGUGCGGGUCGCAGCUCUGCGCGGGGACACGACAAGUGUUUGCUGAGGACCUGGGCCAGGCCGACUGACUACUAGCACAGCACCGCAUUGGAGAUCUCUUUUUGGGGAGGCAGAGCAGCAGUAGCAGAGAGAGGGACAGAAGGGGGCAGUCGGGAGAGCUAAAGCCAGGACCUGCAGUGGUCGAGGGCCGUUAGCCCUCCGUGUACACCGAACCUUAGGGAAGGCAGGAGGAGACAGUCCCAUGGCCCGCCCCCUCCCAGUCUAGUGUAGUGUCUGACCCUUAUCCUGCCCUUCUGGUGGCUUGGCAGGCUAGAAUGGGCUGAUUCCCAGGCCCUGAAAGGAGUCCCAGGCCCUGAAAGGUGUCACAGGGGUGUCACAACUGGGGAGUGCUGGGUUUUGUGGGGAGAGCCAGUCCUCCCCUCCAGUCGUUCCCAGAUGUCAUUCUGCCCGCCCAGGCGCUUGGUUCCUGAGUUCCGGGGCAUUCCACGGUUACUAAGUUACUGGUUUUUGUUGACUUUUAAAUAUUUUCUUCUACGGGAGAGGGGGAGGGGGGCAAAAGCCAGGAAAGAGCAAAUAGAAACAAGUCAACUUAAGCCCCCCUCCCCAAAAGAAAGUUGCCCUCUACCCCUCAUCCCUACCCCAUCCAAAGGCCUCUGAAACCCAUCCCUUGGCUGGAGCAACAGCCAGCCAGAACUGACUACUUCCCCGGCCCUGUCUUCAGCUCCCUUUCUGGUGAAUGAGGGCUGGUGGACCACAGUCCCUUUGUCUCCCAGCCCUGGGUGGACAAAGGGGCUUCCGGAAAGAAAGAAAGAGGAUGGCCAGCGGAAAUGGGCUCCCUCCAUCCUCAGCCCUCGUGGCCAAGCGUCCCUCCGCCCUGGGGCCAUUCCCCAGAUAUGUCUGGAUCCACCAGGACACACCCCAGGAUAGCUUAGACAAGAUUUGCCAUGACAUCUGGAAGCGAGUUCAGGGCUUGCCAGAAUCCCUGCAGCCCAGGACCUCGCUGGAGAAGCACUCUGCUCCCGUGACCGCAGCUGUCAGCUUCCAAGAAGAAGCUUUGGAACUGAGCGGUGGCAAGGAUGAGAUCUCCCUGCUGGUGGAGCAAGAGUUCUUGAGCCUCACUAAAGAACAUCUCAUCUUGGUCCAAGAGGGCUCUGGGGAGCUGGCAACACCCAUUGUUACUCCCCAGGGGACCAGGGAGCUGGCUCCCUGCUUUCUUGUGCCUCCUCUUGGGGCAGACAGCGCCGAGUAUGCAGGAUCCUCCGUAAUGGCUGGUGACGAGAUUCAGGAGCAGAAGCUGUCCAUGCCCAUCAUUGGUAGCAGGCAGGACUCGGAUUCUGCCAUGUCUACAGUCACCGGCAUCCUGCGCUCGGCCAAGGUCAAGAGUGUCAAGGGGACUAAGGACAAAGGCCAUAGCCUGGGUGCCUCUAAUUCAGAGAUCAGCAAGCUCCUGGCCCAGUUCCCACUGAAGGCAACUGAAAUGUCCAAGGCCCCAGACAACAAGAUGGUGCUGGAAGAAACCAAGGUCAUUAAGGACUUCCUGCAGAAUAGCAUGUUCAAUGGCUCCGGACCCCGGGAGCCCAUGGGGCUGGGUCCGUUCCUGCUGCUGCCACCCCCACCUCCUCCUGCACUCCCUGACAAGCUCCCUGAGUCCUCUCCUCCCAAGAGGCAGCUCCCGGUGUUUGCCAAGAUCUGCUCCAAGACUGAGGCUGACGCUGCUCUUGAGGGCCACCACUGGAUUGAACGAAGCCCUGGCACAAAAGAGCUGACCAAAAGUCGAGAGAGCCUCUUUCUCAACCAGUGGCCCCAGAACCGGAAGGACACCUGUGGUGAGGAGGGUCACAGUGACCCAGUGGGCACCAUCUCCAUGACUCUGCCAACCAAGAAGCCUGUGUGGCCAGCAGAGAAGAACCUGCUCUAUGAGUUCUUUGGGGCCACCAAGAACCCCAGUGGGCAGCUGAGGCUUCGAACCAAAGUGGAUAUGGACGGGCUGGAUCUGAAAUUUAACUCCCCUACGACAGUGCCCGAAAAGAACAACAUUAAAUAUGCUGGCAAUGUCUUCGCCCCACGAUUCACCACAACCUUGACCUCGACCACCCUGAACCAGCCUCUCUGGCUCAAUCUGAACUGUCCACCUCCACCGGUGUUUUCCAGCCACUCUACCUUCCCGCAGUAUCAGGGCCUGUACCCACAGCGGUCAACAAGGAUGCCCUAUCAGCAGCCCAUUCACCCUCCACUGGGGUGCUACUCCCGACAGGUGACACCGUACAACCCACAGCAGAUGGGACAGCAAAUUUUCCGCUCUUCCUACACCCCACUGAUGAGCUACAUCCCUUUCGUCCAGCCCAACUAUCCAUAUCCUCAGAGGACCCCUCAGAAGCUGCCUGCCAAUCCCCGAGACCCUCCCCCGACAGCAGGAGAUGGGCCUCAGUUCCUCUUCCCCCAGGGAUAUGGGUUCAACUCGGCGCCCAGCGGCCCCCUGAUGAACAGCCCCUAUUUUUCCUCCAGUGGGAAUGGCAUACGCUUUUAGACUUCUCUCUUUCUCUCUUCUCUCUUCUCUCUCUCUCUCUCUCUCUCUCUCUCUCUCUCUCUCUCUCUCUCUCUCUCCUCCACCUCUCUUUGCCCUUGGAUCAGGGCUAAAGGUUCUGGAAUUCUGGAUUCUGCAACAGCUUGGUGUGAAGUUUGGAAAGCCAAGGUUCCAACCAGGUGGCCGACAGAAAACAGCAAGACCAGAUUCCUCUACUAGCCAACACUCACCUGCAUGGCACAACCCUCGCGUGUAAUGCUCACCACAGACGCACCCCCCAUUUGUAAGACCACACAGGCAUCUGUAUUUAGCUAACAUGACUGGUUUUUGUUUUUGUUGUUGUUGGUAAGAUAGACAGUAAGACACUUAAUUUAGAACGUUUGUAUUUUAUGAUAAAACUAGGAGCUGCUUGAA